UAACCCUUAUCUGACUUCAUAAAAUAGCCCAAAAUUCUUGGUGCUUUUUCUAUUAAUGUCAGGAGCCUAACCUGUACAUAACUCCAUAUUUAACCCUCUUCAUUAUUAUCAUCUUUUCAUCUCUCACUAUAAGAACAAACCACAACACUUGUCACAAGGGACCAAGUCAAAGAUGGGGGGAUGUGUUAGUGUUAGUGUUAAGAAGAAAAAUGAGAAAAAGUAUCCACAAAAUUAUGUAAUGAAUUUGAAAGAGAAAGUGAGACUUCUACAAGAAGAAAUAAAGGAGAUAAUGUGUGAUAGGGAGAAAGAGAGUAGGAACUAUGAGAGGGAGAUAAUGGUGUUUGCUUUUAAGGAGGCAGAUUGGAAACAAGAGAUGAAGAGGUUGAAAGAAGAGGUGAAGGAGUUGAGGGAAGUGGUGGAAGAGAAGGAAGAGAAGAUAAGGGAGAUGGAAGAGGUUGGAAUGGUUGAGAAAAAUUGUGAGAAAGAGUGGGAAUUAAUGGGAACUAAGCUUUUGGUUCAAGAGAUGAAGGAGGAAAGAGCAAGGAGAGAUGAAGCUGUUGAGAAGUGGAAACAACUUUAUCUUGCAAUUAAGAAUGAGUUGGAUGAUCUCAUCCAAAGAACAUAUGAUGGAGAUGGUUUGUAUUGGAAAGCUGAGGAAAAUGACAUCCAAAUUGAAAAUCUGAAGAGGGAAUUGCAAGAGAAAGAAGAAAGCAUAAAAGCUUUAAAAGCUCAAUUAGGUUCAGUGGAGAAAGAAAGGUACAAACAAGAAAGGGAAUUUGACUUGUUAAGGCAAAGCUUGAGGAUCAUGAAUGGCAAGAAGAAUCCAAUUCAAACUAAAGAGAAGAAGAAGUUGAAAAUCAAAUUGGGAAAAUAAAAUGCAAACAUUGGUACAUAAUUGCUUAGAUUUCACAUCUAAAAUCGAACAAUUUGGUUGAAUAGGUAUUAUUAUUGUAUUUUACAAGAAAAAGUGUGAAACCACUUACUUAUUUUAAUUCCUUGUAGUUUUUUUUACACCUUUUUAAAAUAAGUAAGGCAUACUAUAAAAAAGUCCUUUUCUUGGACCUUGAAAAGAACACAAAAUAUGAAGGAAGAUUAGCAAUUUUUCCUUGUGGACUGGCUUAUGUAGUUACUGAAUAUCCCAUGUCCAAUGAGUAGUGAAUGAAAAAGAAUAUGGUUUUAUUAUAUAGAUUUAAAA